GAAAUAUUUAUUUAUUUAUAUAUCCGUAUGGGAACCGAGGGAGAUGACUGGGACCUCUAGGUUAGAAAUGGAGAUCGCAAAAGGCCAAAACAGCAUUGUACGCAGAUGCAUCGAACAUAUACAGCUCCAUCUUCGCAACAACAACCAUCAUUCAAGAGGUUAUGGAAAUCAUCAUCCUCAAAAGCGUAAUAACUCCACUUCUCUUGCUUUCUGGCUUUUGUUUUGGAUUUUGCACUCCUAUUGACACCAUUACAUCCACCCAAUUCAUCAAAUACCCUGAAACUCUAGUCUCUAAUGGAAGUGCCUUCAAACUGGGUUUCUUUACCCCUGCUGAUUCAGCCAACCGCUACGUUGGCAUCUGGUACAGCACCCCUUCUUUAUCUACUGUCAUAUGGGUGGCUAACAGGGACAAACCCCUCACUGAUUUCUCUGGGAUUGUGACCAUAUCUGAAGAUGGUAAUCUUCUGGUUAUGAAUGGCCAGAAAGUGAUUGUCUGGUCCUCGAAUCUUUCAAAUGCAGCACCGAAUUCAAGUGCUCAGCUUUUAGAUUCUGGAAACCUUGUUCUGCGAGAUAAAAGCGGAAGGAUCACAUGGGAGAGCAUCCAACAUCCUUCUCAUUCAUUUUUGCCAAAGAUGAAAAUCAGCACGAAUACACAUACUGGUGAGAAGGUAGUACUAACAUCAUGGAAAUCUCCCUCUGAUCCGUCUAUUGGAAGCUUCUCUGCAGGAAUAAAUCCUCUAAACAUCCCUCAAGUAUUCGUCUGGAAUGGUAGUCAUCCAUAUUGGCGAAGUGGUCCAUGGAACGGUCAGAUCUUUAUUGGAUUACCCGAAAUGAAUUCAGUUUUUCUCAAUGGAUUUCAGGUGGUUGAUGAUAAGGAAGGUACUGUUUAUGAAACUUUUACUGUGGCAAAUUCGUCUAUCUUUUUAUACUAUGUCUUGACUCCGGAAGGAACAGUAGUGACAACAUAUAGAGAGUUCGGGAAGGAGAAGUGGCAGGUUGCUUGGAAGAGCAAUAAAAGUGAGUGUGAUGUUUAUGGUACAUGUGGGGCGUUUGGAAUCUGUAGUUCAGGGAAUUCACCAAUUUGCAACUGUUUGAAAGGGUACAAGCCAAAGUACAUGGAGGAAUGGAGUAGAGGAAAUUGGACUAGGGGAUGUGUGAGGAAGACACCAUUACAAUGUGAAAGAACAAACAGCAGCGGUCAACAGGGCAAAAUAGAUGGCUUUUUUAGGCUGACAUCGGUAAAAGUGCCAGACUUUGCAGAUUGGUCGCUUGCUCUUGAAGAUGAAUGCAGAAAGCAGUGCUUCAAGAAUUGUUCUUGCAUGGCUUAUUCAUAUUAUAGUGGCAUCGGUUGUAUGUCAUGGAGUGGAAACUUGAUUGAUUUGGGAAAAUUCACUCAAGGUGGGGCAGAUCUUUUCAUUCGCCUUGCGUAUUCAGAACUAGAUAAGAAGAGAGAUAUGAAAGCAAUUAUUUCUGUUACAAUUGUAAUAGGAACAAUUGCCUUUGGCAUCUGCACAUAUUUCUCAUGGAGGUCGAGAGGCAAACAAACAGUGAAGGAUAAAAGCAAGGGGAUUUUACUAUCUGACCGAGGGGAUGUAUAUCAAAUUUAUGAUAAGAAUAUGCUUGGAGACCAUGCAAACCAGGUUAAAUUUGAAGAGUUACCACUUCUUGCCCUUGAGAAGCUGGCAACAGCAACAAACAACUUUCAUGAGGCCAACAUGCUUGGGCAGGGUGGUUUCGGUCCAGUAUACAGGGGAAAAUUGCCAGGAGGACAAGAAAUAGCAGUGAAAAGACUUUCAAGAGCAUCUGCACAGGGUCUAGAAGAAUUCAUGAAUGAGGUGAUGGUGAUUUCUAAAAUCCAACACCGGAAUCUUGUUAGACUUCUUGGCUGCUGCAUUGAAGGAGAUGAAAAGUUGUUGAUCUAUGAGUACAUGCCAAACAAAAGCUUGGAUGCCUUUCUCUUUGAUCCUCUCAAGCGAGAGUUUUUGGAUUGGAGAAAACGCUUCAGCAUUAUCGAAGGGAUUGGAAGAGGUCUCCUUUACCUUCACAGAGAUUCUAGAUUAAGAAUCAUUCAUCGAGACCUAAAGGCAAGUAACAUUUUGUUGGAUGAAGAUCUGAAUGCUAAGAUUUCAGACUUUGGUAUGGCAAGGAUAUUUGGAAGCAAUCAAGAUCAAGCCAAUACAAUGAGGGUCAUGGGAACGUAUGGCUAUAUGUCUCCUGAGUAUGCAAUGGAAGGACGAUUUUCAGAAAAAUCUGAUGUAUUCAGCUUUGGGGUAUUGUUAUUGGAGAUUGUAAGUGGGAGAAAGAACACUGGUCAUCAAUAUGAUGAGCAGUAUUUGAGCCUUUUGGUAUAUGCAUGGACACUCUGGUGCGAACACAACAUCAAAGAACUAAUAGAUGAAACCAUGGCAGAAGCCUGCUUCCAAGAGGAGAUAUCAAGAUGCGUACAUGUGGGACUGUUAUGUGUGCAAGAAUCAGCUAAAGACAGGCCAUCCAUUUCAACUGUUCUGUCUAUGCUCUCUAGUGAAAUUGCACAUCUUCCUCCCCCAAAGCAACCUCCAUUCUCUGAGUCUAAUCAACUGAGACAAAAGAAAUGUUCUUCAAGCCAAGUCACUAUUACAGUCAUUCAGGGCCGAUAGAAUAUGAUUGGGUGACAAUUAGUUCAAUUUUUUAUUUUUUAUUUGGAUAAAUAUUCAAUUUGGUGACUUCAGUCUGAAGAACCUGAUCAGAUCCUUUAUCAUUCAGCAAAAUGUAUCUAGAUCUUCAACAAUGAGCUCUUCAAAAUGAUAUGGAAUAGUGAAACAACACAUGAGAAUUGGUCUUGUGAAGAUGUGAUUACUUCCUACUAUUUUUGGAUUGAAUUGACUCUCUUUUUAAUACCUAGUCAUCUAAUCUAGAGGUGUGAUGGUUUCUAAACUCAAUGCAGACUCUUCUUAUGGAAUGGCGACGGUAUGUGCUAGCAGACAAAAUGACUUGCCGUUUGUGUCUGGCAAUUGUUUUAGGAAGAGUCCUGGGACACCUUCUUUGACUAUAAAACAGUUUAAGACUUCCAAAAACAGAGUUGAUGAUGACUUUGAUAUUCUGUUUGAAAAGAAACAUCUACACUUGUCGUGGAAAGAUAUGAGGAGGAAAUUAAGACACGGAACAUCUCAAAAAAACCUCUAGAUCUGAGUCCAUUUUCACAGCAUUUAAGCAGUUAUGGGGAUCAACAGUGGUACUAGUGUAAGAGCUCUAUUUCUCCUAGUUUAUUAUUUUUGGUUUGAGUUUUGCUGUUCUGCCGUAGACACUAUUACAUCCACGCACUUCAUCAAAGAUUCUGAAACUAUAGUCUCUAAUGGAAGUCUCUUCAAACUGGGUUUCUUUGGCUCCAGUAAUUCCACCAAACGCUAUGUAGGAAUCUGGUACAGCAAGACUUCUGUAUCCUCUGUGGUAUGGGUUACUAACAGGGACAAGCCCCUUAAUGAUACUUCUAGAAUUGUGAAGAUAUCUGAAGAUGGUAAUCUUCAAAUUUUGAAUGGCGAGAAAGAGGUUAUCCAGUCAUCAAAUGUUUCAAAUGCUGUAUUAAACACAACCGCCCAGCUUUUAGAUUCUGGAAGCCUUGUUCGAAAGGCUACAUCAGUGGAAGGAUCGUAUGGGAGAGUUUCCAACAUCCUUCUCAUGCACUUUCGGCAAAUAUGAAACUCAGCACCAACAUGUACACUGGUGAGAAAUGAGUGCUGACAUCAUGGAAAAAUGCUUUGGAUCCAUCCAUUAGAAGCUUCUAUGUAGGAGUUGAUCCAUCAAAUAUCCCUCAAACUUUCAUUUGGAAUGGCAGUCAUCCAUGUCAUUGCACUGGUCCAUGGAAUGGCCAGAUCAUUAUUGGAGUAGCCAACAUGAAUUCAUUUGUUGGUAAUGGGUUUCGGAUGGACCAUGAUGAAGAAGGUACCGUUUCUGUAUCUUUUACUACUGAUGAUUUUUUAUCAUUGUACUUUACCGUGACUCCUGAAGGAACAAUGGAGGAAAUAUAUAGACAGAAGGAAGAUUGGGAGGUCAGAUGGGAAAGCAAGCAAACUGAGUGUGAUGUUUAUGGUAAGUAUGGGGUAUUUGGAAUCUGUAAUCCAAAGAAUUCACCAAUUUGUAGCUGUUUGCGAGGGUAUGAGCCAAAGUCUGUAGAGGAAUGGAAUAGAGGAAAUUGGACUAGUGGGUGUGUGAGGAAGACGCCACUGCAAUGUGAGAGAACAAAUGGUAGCAUUGAAGUGGGAAAAAUAGAUGGAUUUUUUAGGGUAACAAUGGUGAAAGUACCAGAUUUUGUAGAAUGGUUCCCUGCUCUUAAAAAUCAAUGCAGAGAUAUGUGAUUGAAGAA